AUGCUCUAAUUUGAGUAUUAAAAACUGAAAUCAAGCUUUUAAUUCUUAAUAGUAUUGAGUAAAUAUCUAUUUCAAACUAAGCAAAUAUAUUUUCAUAAAGUUCCAUAUAACUCUAACUGUUCAAUAUUUGCCUGCACUUCAAAGAAAAGUACUAGAAAAGUCUAUUCAAAAAUAAAAAUAUGGGAUAUUGAAUUAAUUCAUCAAAUUAAGAUGCAUAAUAAUUUAUAGAAUACAUUAUGGAUGCUUUAACUUUAUAAUUUAGAAUGGAUAAUUUAAAGUGGUAAUCCUGUAACUUUGAUAAGAAUAUUUUUGUUAUGGAAUUUAGAAUAAUUAAAACUAAUUAUUCAAUUAGAUUCUAAUUCAAGUUGGAUUUUAGAUUUUUCAUUUUCAUCGGAUGGAAACUAAAUGGUAUAAAUAUAAUAAAACUCAUAAAAUAAUUUCAUGGCCAAGUUACAAAAAAAUCUAUCUUUAAAAUUUUAUCAUUCUUAUGAAUUAGAAAAUGGAAUUGUGUUUAUUUUACAAUAAUUUCAAGUUUAGAAUAGUAGAAAAUGUUUUGAAUUAAAUAAAUACAAUUUAAAGUAUGAUAAAAGAAAUUCUUUGGAUAUGAAAAAUAAUGAAUAAUUCUUAUACAUUGAAAAAGAAGUUUAAAUUGAAAGAUUCUAACUUUAAAAAAAAUUGCUUUAUUUAAAUAUUCGAAUUAUCAUUGUUCAACAUCAGGUUUAAGUUUUACGAAUAAACAUAUAAUAUGAUUAAAUUACUUGCACAUAUCAAUAAGAAAUUUCUAUUUUUUUAAUUGUGAUCAAAGUUUUUCUGAUUAAAAUUGUCAUUACAGUUGUUAAGAAUGUGAUGGUCCAAUUUAUGAAAAUUGUUUAUCUUGUUCAGAAGAGUCAAAGAGAAUUUAUUUACCUGAACAUAAAGUAUGUGUUUGUCCUUACAAUACUAUUGAUGAUUAAAUUUGUAUUGGUUAUAAAGAAGCAAAUUUAGAAAUUAGUGAUGAACCUUUUACUAAUAUUGAAUGUCAAUAUGGUUAUUUUGAAUUUGAUAAUGAAUGUUACAAAUGGUAAUUAAUUUAUAAUCUAUAUAGUCCAUCAAUUAUAAGGAGAGAUUUAGUUAUUUGUUUAGAGUGUGUAUAAAAUCCUAAAUAUUUUAUUUAACACCCAUAUUGUAUGUAAGAUUUAUAUAUAAGUCAAACAAGUUAAACAGAAAAACAAUAAAUGAACAAAUAUGAAUAUUUAAUUUUUGAUGGAAACUAUUUUCAUUUAUAUUAUAGUAAUGAGAAUGAAAUAAUAAUUGAUAAUGAAAAUUAUUUGUACUAAAACUUUUUAGAAAAAUCAGCCCCUUUUGGUUAUUUCUGCAAAAACUUAAAUAUAUAUUAUAGAUGUGAAGAAUUUAUUGAUGUCCAUUGCAAAGUAUACUAUUUUUCAAUGCUUGGAGUAAUAUGUACAUCAUGUGAAGAUAAUUAAAUACUUAAGAAUGGUUAAUGUAUUAGAUUAGAUAAUAAAAAAAAUUGUCAUACACCUUAUUAUAAACACAUACUAAUGAAUGUAAAUUAUGCACAAAAUAAAAUUGCAUUUAUUGUUUUGAAUACUCAUAUGAUGAAUAUUAAUUCAAAAGUACCUUAUAUAAAAAUUUUGAAAGUUUUUUUGGAGAAUAAAUGAUAUAAGUUGGCUGCGCAAUGUGCCAAGAUGGAUUUAUUUUUGAUUUUACGAUUGGAGAAUGCUUAAAAUAAUAAUCAAAAAUAGAAACUUGUUUAAGAUCAUUUAUAAAUUAAGAUGGUGUUGAAGUAUGUACUUUAUCCUCCUCAACUGAUUUUAGCAUUGCACCUGAAAUUAUAAAUUGUGAGAAAUAUUAUUCUAAUUGUUAAUAAUGUUUUCUUACUCCUAAAUCAAAACUAUAAUGUGUUCUAUGUAAAUAAGGAUAUGUUAGUUCAGUUAUAACAGGAAAUUGUUAAGAUAUUUAAAAUCCUGAAUUUAUACAGAAUAGUUUUCACAUCACCUAAGGAGACUAUUUGGAAUAAGAUGGAUAUAUUCAAAUGCUUUAAAGUUUUUUAAUGCUAUUUUUACCUGAUAAAUAUUAUUAUUCAUACUCUCCAUAAUAAUUAGUUUAGAUUCCAAUUAAAUGUAUAUAAGGAUAUGAAUUAACAAAAAAUUUAUAGUGUAAAGAAUACUGUAAUAGAGAAUGUUUAGAUUGUUAUAAGGAUGAAGAAAAUUUCAUCUGCAAGAAAUGUCCUUUAAAUUAUUAUAGAAAACAUAUAAAAAGUGAAAUUUUAGGAAAAUGUAUAACCUGCUCUAAUUUAUGUAAAUUUUGUGAUCAAAGAAAUAAAAAUGUAAUUUUUAAAAUAAAUAUUAGGAUUAUUUAUAUGAAUUAUCAUCAAGUAUUUAAGAGCAAGAAUAAAAUGGUUAAUUUGUUAUGAAAUGUUUAAAACCAAUUGAUCAUCCUAAUAUCAUCAUAGAUCCCUACCUCUAAAUUGCUAAAUACUGUUUAAAUGAUAAAUGUUAAAAUUAAUUUUCAUUUUCAUUAACUUUGAGUUAAUGUUUAUUCAAGUCUUUUAGUUCUAUUAAUUUUGAAGAUUAUAUUAAUUUUAAAUAUUGUAAUCUAGUUGGGGUAGAUUUAAUGACAAUUAAUUUUAUAAUUUAAUUGGACCAUUAGGGACUAGAAUGCAACUUUUUGUAUGAAUUAUCAUUAUUGAGUAAUUUAAAGAAAAAAAUCUUUAGUUUAAAAAAAACAAAAUAUAUUCUAAAUUCUGUAUAAAAUGAUCAUAUAAUAACAACUGUAAAAUUCAAUAUAAAAAAUUUUGAUUAGAUGGAAGUCAAAAAUAUAACAUUGUUAUUAUUAAAUGGAUUUAAUUUUGAAAAUAAUUAAGAUAGAGUGGAUAUAACAUUUAAAAAUAUGAUUUUUCUUAGAUGCAACAUAACUGAUAUAGCAAUUCUUUAAACUCAAAAUUUAUGGAAAUAUUCUUUUUUAAGAUGUUUAAAUUAUAGAUUCUACAUUUAUAAAUUCAACAUUUUUUGAUUUUAAUAAACAAUUCUUUUAAGUAAAGAUUCAAAAAUUAACGUUUAAGAAUUGUCUCUUAAAUAACUCUUUAUUAUUCAAUAUUGGCUAUAACUAAAAAAUGAUAAUGAUUGAAAAUAUCAUUAUAGAAAAUUGUUCAAUAUAUCAUAGUUCAUUUUUCUAUUUUUAAACAGAUUUAAUCAAUAUUAAUUAAAUCAAAUUAUAAGAUGUUGAAAUUUAUUAAUGUAAAUUUACUUUCUCUUAUUUUUUCAAAACCAAUAUUUAGUUUGAAAUUAAGGGUAACAAUUUAUUCUUCCAUCAUAACAAUCUUUAAAAUUCAGCAAUUAUUGGUUUUAACGAUAAUUUAGAAUUGAUUACAAUUAGAACAAGUCAGAAUAAUCUUAUAGAAUCUUCAAUUAUAUCAUUAUUAUUGAUAAUAAAUUAAUAAAGGGUUUUAUGUAUAAUUGAUGAUUUUGAAGAUAAUUAAAGUUCUUUUUAAGAAUCAAAUUUGAUAAGUAUUUAUUCUAGUCUUUAAAUCAAUAAAUUUAUUGUUAGAAUUAAAAAUGUUAAAGUUUAUGAAAAUCGAGUUGUUAAUACUUUGUAUUUAGAAAACUCAUUAAUAAAAUUACAUUGUCAUUAUUUUCAAGUCUAAAAUGCCUUAUUCUUUUCAUUAUAAAACAUCGUUAUAUUUUAACUUUUUGAAAUUAAUUAGAUCAUUUUUGAUUCUGUAUUAUUUUAGAAUUCUUAGUAAGAACAUAAGGUUCCAAUUUCAUCAUUUUGUAAUGAUUUAAGUCUAAUUUAGAAAUUAACUAUUAAAAGUUUUAGGCUUUCAGUAAUUAUCAUUGUCAAACAUUAAAAUAGAGAAUCAAUUUAGUAUAAAUUAUUCAAUAAUUGAUAUUAACUUUAGUAUCUAAUAUAUUAUUGAUUCAAUUGGUUUAGUAGUAUUAACAAAUGUAUAAUUUUAAGGGAAUAUUUUGUUAAAGAACAAAUAAGCCACUUUGUUAUCUUUGGUAAACAUAUAUUCUCAAUAUAAUUUAAAUAUUAAAUUAAUUAAUAUUUAGUUUACACAAAAUAUACUAAAUUCAUAAAUUGAUGAUCCAUUUGAAACAUAAACUAAUUUAUUACAUUUAAGUUCAUUAGAUAGUUCUGUUUAUAUUCAUCAUAUGUAUUGCUACUAAAAUGCCUUAACUAAUUCAACCAAUCAAUUCAUUACUCUGACUGCCACUUUGAUUGAAAUUUCUGACUUGAUAUUCAUGAAUUAAAAUAUAUUACCCUAAUAAUUAUGGUAACAAUUUUAUGAUUUUGAAUUAGAUGAUUAAUAUAAGUAACAACAAAUAACCUAAAUUAUUCAGUCAACUUUUAAAUUUUUAAAUUAAGGGAUUUAUAUUGCAGCUUCUAAUUUUAGUUGCACAGAUAGUAUAUUUUAAGGUAUUAUUGCUUUGAAAAGUUCUGUUUUCUAAAUUAACACUUUGGGAGAAGGAAUAAUCAAAAUAAGUAAUAUUUAGAUCAACACUGUUCAAACUAAUCUAUAAAAUAGUGGAAGUACAGGUUGUAUAAGUAUAGAUUCAACUAAAAGUCUUUUGAAUAUUGAGUUAAAACAAAUAAAAUUUACCAACAUCUUUAAUAGAAUGGCUGCAUCAUUAUUUACUAUUACACCAUCUUUAAAAUAAAAUAUUAUUCGUUUAAAUAAUAUUGAAAUAAAAAACUUCCUAUCAUUAAUGAAUUCAAUUAUUUUAGUUAAAUUUACAGCAUAAAUUAUAGAAAAAAAUUUAGUAAUUAUUAAAAAUCUAUCAAUUUAUUAAAGUGAAGAAUUAUGGAUUUAAUUAUAUUCCUUGAUUGAUUGGUUCAAUAACAUUAUCAGAAUUAGAUAAUAUAUUGAGUAAAGAUAACGCUAUGAUUUUACUUGAAAAUUGCAAAACUGAAAUAACAAAUCUUAGUGUUAAAGGAAUAGCAAUAUUUCCAAUAUUUAAAUUUUAUAAUGCAUUUAAAUUAAAGCUUUUUGAUUGUAAUCUAAUAUCUAUAAUAAAAAUAUAUUCAUUUGAUCUCAUUCAUAUAUCGUAAACCUAAUAAACUCAAUCAACAAUUUUUAUUUAAAACCUAAAGAUAAUUUAGAGUGAUACUUACAAUCCAAAAUCAGUUGUUAUUCCUAUUUUAUCGGAUUUAAAUUAUAAAAUUGUAGGAUGUAGUGUGUGGAGACCAACCUCAAUAAAAUCAGAAAUUAUUUUUUCGGAGAUUAUAAAUUAGAUACAAUCAUUAAAUUAAGAAUCAAGUCAGAUAAUGUAUGUCAAAAGUAUUUCUAACUAAAAUUUACUUAUGUUCUAGUAGAUUUAAUUUAUGAAUAAUAAUGGAUCAGAUUUUUUAAAUGGAAUUAUCACUUUUGAAAUAUAAUAGUUUAAAAUAUUUAAGUUAAACGAUAUUUUUUGCUAUAUGAAUAAUGUAAAUAGAAUGGUUGUAUCCAUUUUUUGA